AUGCGCCGAGUGGCUGCAUUCCUCGGCCUCGCACGCGCUGGAAGCGAAACAGACACCAGCGACACCAUCCAGGCGGUCCAGGCAGUCCAAGUGGUCCAGGCUUGGCAAGCAGCUUUGGAGACUUGCGCCGCAGAGGUAUGCACUGCCAACCAGGUGGAGGAAGACGAUGCAGCUGCAGCACGUUGCCGGCAGAUACCCGUCGCAUCUAAAUUUGGGGGUGCGGGCCGCACCACUCAGUUCGGACGUAACAUCUGGUGCGCCGCGAUGCUUGGUACAGGAAGCACGGUGGACCUUUUCGCAGGAUUUGGGGACACCACGGCUUUGCUCUCCGAUGCCCUGCGUCGACGCCCGGGCCCUGCUGAUCGUCGUCUCGUGACCUUCGAGCUGAGCCGUGAAAGGCUGUCCACUGUGAGGAGCCGGCUUGCCGAGAGUCAAGUUGCUGUGCGCACUCUCGACCAAGGCAGCCAGCAACACUGGCACCAAGAGAUGAAGCAAGCAGAUCGGCAGCGCGUCACCGCAUUCCUUGUCCACGGAAGCACGGCACAAAACCUGCGGGCGGCUUGCAAGCACGUGGAGGAUCUCGGCUUUCUUCUUCUUGACCCCGACGUCGAGAUGGGGUACAAGGACUUCGCAGACGACUGGCGUGUGCUGGAAGAGCGACAGCCGCGGAUGGUGGCUGUUUACAACACGAAUCUGCCAGGAGGUGCUGGCUGGGUGGUCAACCGCCUUCUAGCUUUGGGUGGGUACGUGGAGGUGGCACAAGGCAUCAAUGAUGGAGGUGCUGGCGAACUGGACGUUUUGCAUCAGGUCCGAGCCUGGUCGCUUCUGCUCCGGACGUCUGGUGCCGUGCUUCCCGCAUGGAGAUCCAGCGAGGGAGCGCCGCAAGCCACUGCCGAGCAUCAGCAGCCGGUUUUGCCCUUUGACGAAGAUACCGUGAAGAUGACUGGCCUCGAAGCCCAGGCAUGGGUCAAAGAGCAGCUGCAAAAGGGCUACGCAUGGGGAAAUACCACCUUCCGAGCAGUUCGGGGUGGCGAAGUGCUGCGUAUCCACCGCGAGGUUGGAGAUGUGGUGCCAGUGGAGGUCCAACGGCCGACAGACGAGCUGCUUUCACCGCCCAAGCCGGAAACCAAUCUCCAUCACUGCUUUGCGGAGACGGACCCUCUGGCUGCCGCGCGCCAACUCCGAACCCCCUGUUUCCUCAACUGCGAGGGCCCACACUUUGAGCCUGCGUGGGAUGGAUUCCGAAAGAAGGUGCUACUGCAGGCAGCCAGGAGCUAUCCGAUGGAUGAGGAGAUGAUUAUGGAGGCAUCUGCAAUCAGCCACGGCAUCAUUGAAAACGAUGAGAUUCUGAUUCGUGGCCGGUCCCUUUUCAUGGCUCGCUUGCGCCACGAGUACACGCAUGAUGGCCAUGUGGAGGGCUUUUGCCUCUAUGGCCUGGCGGCUGCUGCCUUCAUGCGAGCUCGACAGACGCUCGACAUGCAGCCACGCACCUUCGAGGUGCGGGGGAGGACAAUCUUUGCACCAACGAUCGGCUUGCGCGACCUGGACACGGCCUUCACGCUGGUCAGCGACUCGAACAGCAAGGGCGGCGUGGAGUUCAGCUUCCUUGAGAAUGCCGGCUGGGCGAUCGCGCUCGAGGACAUCGUCACGAACCUGGAGGUUCAGAAGGCCGACCUGGGCCAGUCCUUCCGACGACACCAGCCACAAGGCGCCAAACGUCCCGAGCCCAUCGGCGCAGCAGGCCAGGGUCUUCAGCAGGGCCGCCUGGACCACCUCGACUCCUUGCGGCUGUUCCGAGAAGCUGCGCAGGUGCGGCUGUGUGGCAUAGGGGAUCAUCUGACGGCCACCUUCGACGCCGUCCUGAUUGUCCAGGGAAGCCUAGAACUGGUGGCUGGAAACUUGCCAAUCCAGCGAGAUUUCUUGGGCCGCUACUGCCCGAAGCACACUGGGCAAGGACACCAAUGCCGGCAGCGCUGUGAGCUGCUGGGGUGGGGAUGCGACCAACAGGAUGAAGCCGAUCCGGUCGCAGAGUGGCUUGAUGGCAUCAUCGAUCCGGAAUCGCUGGAUGAGCUGCCUUGGGACCUGGAGGAGAGGAAGCGUUCUCUGGCCCAUGCGAGCGCGCAAGACUCGAGGUUGCAGCUGGCAGAUUUCGUGGUCUGCUCACACCCGACGCUGCUUUGCAUCUUCAUGGCGGAGGCCCUCUCCAAGCCCAUCUUUGUGCAUGCAUCCUCCACGCUGCUGUAUGGCGUGCAUUGUCAAGACUGCAACCGCGCAGCGUGGUACACGAACCUGCGGCACUUUGGCAGCUCCCCGCUGGCACAGAGGUACUUGGAGCUGACCCGCAACCUCCUGCUCAAUAGCCGGAACUUGAUCUUCAUGGCAGAGGGUCGCUUCCUAGCGGAGCAGGUCCGACACCAGGUGGGUGUGGAAGUUCCUUGGGUGCCACCAUUGGCCCUUUACACGCCCGCCGGGAGCUGGCAUGGCGGCCAGGCAGCGAGUCGGCGUGCUGUUGUUCUCAGGUCCCGCUUUUUCGUGUCCCUGAUGGGCGAGCUCUUGCGAUCACUGCUGCGAGAGAUCGUGUCCAUCAACUUUCCUAACUAUCCCUUGGAGGUCGUUUUCCUCGGGAUGGACAACCAGUUUGAUGAGCAAUGGCUUUCCCUGCAGCAGCUGGCCAGCUUUGAUGCGGCUAUUCUUUGGCCAAACGAUUUGCACCAGCGGACCUUCCAUGAGGCCUACCGGAUGGCGAUACCGCUGCUCGUGCCGGAUUCUGCUUGCCUCUUCCGAGCGCAGCGCAUGUCCAACUGGGGCUACGCCUCCUACGGUGCAAGCUCGGUCGGACUCGCUGACGGAAAGCCACCAUCCAGGCAUCCCUUCCCUCCUUGGUGGAACCUCUGUCAUCGUGGGGCAACAUUCUACAUUCUUAAUGGUACUUAA